AUGACGAAACGACGAGAUGGGCCUCGUCGAGCCUCCAAGCGACUGGCCAACCACACCCCCUCUGCAUCCGCCUCCACCUCCACCCUCGACCAUCCUCGAAGAUCUAAAGGCCGGGCUAGGACAAGAGCAAGCGGCGUCAAGAUCAUCGACGAUCCGAUGGAAGACGAGAAGAGACUGAAAGACCAACUGACCCGGAUGGGAUUCUAUGCGGUCAACACGCUCGGCGACGGCAACUGUCUCUUCAGGGCGCUCUCCGACCAGCUCUAUGGCACGCCCAACCGACACCUCGAGAUCCGCCAACAGGUCUGCGGCUAUCUCGCGCAGCAUGAGGCUCGCUAUAAGGCCUUCGUCGACAUGGAUGAGGAGGAAAGCUGGGAAUCUCAUCUCAAACUUAUGGCUAAACAGGGAACAUAUGGGGGACAUUUGGAGCUUUCGGCGUUUGCGAAUUUCCAUCGUCGAUCGAUCAAGAUCAUCCAACCCGGAAUGGUCUAUGUGAUCAGCUAUGGGGACGAAUCUCCAGGCACAUGUUCCGGAAAAGCGAAGGGGAAACAGCUCAAGGGGAAAGGCAAACGGUCGGAGGAGUCGGUCCCAUUGGUGUCCCCCUCGGAUACUCCAGUCUAUCUGGUCUAUCAUCAGUGGGAACAUUAUAGCAGCGUUCGUAAUCUGGAUGGUCCUCAUUCUGGGAUCCCUUGUAUCCGAGAGCGAGACCUGGAAAGUUCCGCCAGUAUAGACCAGAGCGGACAGGGAGGGACAGAGGGAGGCGGAGCGGGAGGAGGCAAGAGUCGGAAACUAAGCCUGAUGAGCUAUCGGGAAUGUUCGUCCUCGCCGGUCUCAGCAGGCUCGUCUUCGACGACCACAACAACAACAACCGGGAGCAGCAGCAGUGGCAGUGGGGCGCCAUCGGGCGAGGAUCCGGCGGAGAAGAUCGAGGCGGACGACCGGCCGGGCUCGUCGUUGGCCGACCGUCCUCGUCGGACGAAGAAAGCCUCCAAACGGCCUCCGCUGCAUUCGCCUAUCUCCAGACCUCCUCCUCCUCCUCCAGCUACGACAAACAAACUUGUCGUGCCCGAUCGCCAUCAGACUAAACCGUUGAGCAAACGCGCCCUCAGACUCGCCAGACGCAAUAAUCAACUCCCCUCUAACAAUACUUCUUCGGCUCCACUGGCGCCCCCAAUCGACUCCGUCGGCUUGUUGAGAGAACUUAAAGUCUGA